CGGGCGGACUCCUUUCCUGCCUCCAGGGGGCAGCGGCCACGGCCAGGUCCCUUCGCUCACCGCUGGGCACCCUCGCCGCUCUUCCUGUCGCCGGGAGUGGCGGGCCGACCAGCGGGCGGCCGGGUCAGCGGCCGCCAUUCCCGUGUCUCUCCGCCCGCGGGGGCCGCCCGAGCCGGCCACCAUGCCGCUGGGCCUGAAGCCCACCUGCAGCGUCUGCAGGACCACGUCGUCCUCCAUGUGGAAGAAGGGCCCGCAGGGGGAGAUCCUCUGCCAUCACUGCACGGGCCGGGGCGGCGCGGGCGGCGGGGGCGCCGGCUCGGGGGUGGCCGGCGGGACGGGGGGCAGCGGCGGUGGUGGCGGCUUCGGCGCGGCGACCUUCGCCAGCACCUCGGCCGCCCCUCCGCAGAGCAACGGGGGCGGGGGCGGCAAGCAGAGUAAGCAGGAAAUUCACAGGAGGUCUGCUCGGCUCAGAAACACUAAGUACAAAUCUGCUCCAGCUGCUGAAAAGAAAGUUUCCACUAAAGGAAAAGGGAGAAGACAUAUUUUUAAAUUAAAAAAUCCCAUCAAAGCUCCUGAGUCAGUGUCCACCAUAAUCACUGCAGAAUCAAUCUUCUACAAGGGAGUGUAUUACCAAAUCGGUGACGUGGUUUCUGUGAUUGAUGAACAAGACGGAAAGCCGUACUAUGCUCAGAUCCGGGGUUUUAUCCAGGACCAGUAUUGUGAGAAGAGUGCAGCCCUGACGUGGCUCAUUCCCACUCUGUCUAGCCCCAGAGACCAAUUUGACCCCGCAUCCUAUAUCAUAGGGCCAGAAGAAGAUCUUCCAAGGAAGAUGGAAUACUUGGAAUUUGUUUGUCACGCACCUUCUGAGUAUUUCAAGUCACGGUCAUCACCAUUCCCCACGGUUCCCACCAGACCGGAGAAGGGCUAUAUAUGGACUCACGUUGGACCUACUCCUGCAAUGACUAUUAAGGAAACAGUUGCUAACCACGUGUAGUUAACAAAUCAAAACUGGAUUUCCAGUUAUUUUAUAUUCAUACUAUUAUAAGAUAUGCCACAUACUUCUUUAAUGAAAUUCUUAAAUGGAAAAAGGUUUUUUCCUACUAUCCAGUAAUCAUUAGAUUGUUUAUUACCAGUCACUUAGCAAAUUAAAAGGGAUAGAAAAGAAUGAAAUAUAUUUUGAAGUUAAAUAUUAUAUUCUAUAUGUGUAUCUUCCAGGCAAAGGCAGUAACUUCCAGGGAGACCAUUAGGAAAAGGUAGUGUCUAUUUUUCCUCAUAAUUUAUUUCUAGAGACUCUCAUAAUGGAUUUUAUUUUUCUACAAGAAAUAAAUAUUAAUUAAAGUUUGAAUUUCUGACUAAGGGCUUAAUCAAAUAAAAUGUAGCUGUGACCAACAGUGUCAAUCUGUCACAAAGCCACACAGCCUCAUUUUCUCAUCUAGAAAAUGCUGUGCCAGACUUUUGGCUGCUUUAACCAUAAGGAAAGUGAUUGGUGGAUGAUUUUAUUAGCCCAGGUUUUUAAAAACUUUCUUCUAAUUCUUCAGUAGCAAAAGGUAUCCAGAAUCAUUUAGUUGGUCUUAAUAGAUGUGCUCUUCACUAUUUCUCCGUCAAAAGGAGGCUUCCAAUCAAACCGUAAGAUUUUAUAGUACGGACAGUCAGCUUUACCAGAGCCACAUGGGGAACAUGUACUGGUCAGGCAUCCCAGUUGGUAGUUCUUGACCACCAUUAGAAUGAUGGCUGCGCAAUCAUUAAAGUGAUUAGAUAGGUCAUUAGCGUUGGUAUCUUUAAAGUCUACCCCAAAGUUAAACCAUCUGCAGUGGACCCGUAGUAACAGGAAUAAAAGUAUGUCUUGGCCUGGGAAGCCCUAUUGUACAUGAAAUUGUCCAGAAUUCAGUGAAGCUCUUACUUCCAGCACAGGCCAGUUGAGUAAGGGAGGAGCAUGGAAGAAUAGGGGAGGAGGGGGUGGUCCACACUUGCCUCCUCUCCUGUCCUGACUUAACCAGCAUUUUUCAUCCCCAGGAGAAUUUGUCAGAAUCUAAGUGGAUCAUAGUGAUUUUGAGCUGUAGCAGCUUUAACUGUCACCCUUUUUCUACACAGUUACAGUUUGUGAGUUAGAAAGAAGCAAUUGUAGAUAGCUCCAUGUACAUGUAAAACUG